UCAUCAGCUCUGUUUCUAAAUCUACUUUCACACCACUAAAUCGCCAUUGUUGCUGCACUUCCACCACUCUGAUUCAUUUCGAUUGAGCUUUCUUUUUUUUUCUUGCUAUGGCUCGUCGGUCUGGAGACUGCAUGAGAUGUCUGGUGAUCUUCGCGGUGGUAUCUGCUUUAGUAGUGUGUGGACCAGCUCUUUACUGGAGAUUCAACAAAGGUUUCGUUGGAUCCACUCGUAAGAGCUCUGUUUGUCCUCCUUGCGUCUGUGAUUGUCCACCUCCUGUCUCCCUCCUCGAGAUCGCUCCUGGGCUUGCAAAUCUCACUGUUACAGAUUGUGGAGGUGAUGAUCCAGAGCUCAAACAAGAAAUGGAGAAGCAGUUUGUGGACCUUCUGACCGAAGAGCUGAAGCUGCAAGAAGCAGUUGCAGAUGAGCAUAGCCGUCACAUGAACGUUACACUCUUAGAAGCUAAGAGAGUUGCGUCUCAGUACCAAAAGGAAGCUGAGAAAUGCAACGCCGCCACUGAGAUCUGUGAGUCAGCUAGGGAGAGAGCUGAAGCUUUGCUGAUCAAGGAGAGGAAGAUCACUGCUUUGUGGGAGAAGAGAGCUCGUCAAUCAGGGUGGGAAGGUGAGUAAAAAACUGAUUGCCCCCUUCUCAUGUCAAACCCUGAAGUGUUUUUGUCUGAGAAACCGAUUUUUUCAAGGAAAAGUCCUUUAUGUUCCACGUUUCUCCAUAUAUGUAGUUUUUUUUUUGUUUUUGCCUUUGGAAUCUGAAUGUAGCUAAAGAAUGGCUUGUGGCCUUGUAUUGACUUUCUCUUCAAAAUAUAUAAUUGUCCAUUUCUCUACCA